UUUGUCUUUAAAAUAAAAUUUAAUUUAUACCCAAAAUAACCCUCACACUGAGUGCCCUAAACCUUGCAGCCUCCGCGCGCCGCUCACCGCCAAUUCAGCCGUAGUUGCGCCGCCUUGUAACGCCGCCUUCAUCCUCCCGGCGACAUCAAAUACUCUAAAUUUAGUUUUUCGGAACUUAUUAGUGGUUUUACUGAAGCUUGAUGGUUGAUUACAUACUUCUGAAUUUGCUGAAAUUAAGGAAAAUCUCUUGAAGAGAAAUGAGCUUGCAAAGUUUGAUAUUUGCAGUUUUGUGUAUCUAAUUGAGAUGAAGUACUUAAAGCCACUGAAACUGUAUCAAGAAUUGUUGAAGUCAAGUGAGGUCAAACGAGGCCGUUUGCUUGGCUUGGAUGUAGGUGAUAAGUACAUCGGCCUCUCUGUUUCUGAUGCUAAUAACAUAACAGCAUCGCCCUUAAGUGUCCUUGUACGUAAAAGAACAAAUAUCGACCUGAUAUCUACUGAUUUCCAGACUUUGAUUUCCGGACUUUCCCUGGAAGGCUUUGUCAUUGGCUAUCCUUUCGACAGGCAUAAGAGCAACCCAGAUGCAGUGCAAGUGAAGCUUUUUAUCGAUGAUCUCAAUAAAACAGGGAAGUUUGAAGAUUUAAAGUACACAUUCUGGGAUGAGUGCUUUACAUCGAAGAAUGUUGAGUUUCUCUUGAAGCCUUUGACAUUACAUCCAGUACAACUCAAGACAAUUAUGGACAAAUUUGCUGCUGUGGGAAUCCUUCAGGGUUACCUGGAUUUUGCUAGCAGAAGUCGAGGUCUAAAAGAAACUGAAAAUCUGCUUGAUGAAAAAAUUGACUGAUGAUCUCGACUCACGAACACUAUAGAGUGGCAAAAUCAUACAAUUUUUAGCACGUGGAGUGUUUUAAUAUCCACAUAUCUGUUGCUAUUCCGAGUGAAAUAAUACAUCAGCGUCCGACACCAUAUGGUUAUCAUACCUGUCUGUCGUUCUUUUUAUCACGCGAUGAAACGAGCCCUAUAUGUAUGACUGUAUGAGUCUUAUGGUUUGCAGACCAUGGUAUUUAGAUUACACAUAUUGUUGCUCACAUCGCAUGGUGUGAUUUAUCUAUGUUGUAUGAUUUGCAUUAAUAAAAUGUACUCUUUUUUGUGAUA